AUGGGCGCAACCCAUUUUCACCCGGCAAUCCUCAAGGUCCGGCUUCCGAGAAACUUCGACAAGCUGACGGACAUGAGGUAUGACGGGACCAAGGACCCCCAGGAGCAUGUCACAGCCUUCGAAGCAAGGAUGAAUUUGGAAGGAGUAGGCGACGCAGUCAGAUGCCGGACAUUCCCUGUAACGCUGGUCGGACCUGCGAUCCGAUGGUUCAACACGCUCCCACAAGGGUCCAUCACAACUUUCGCAGACAUAUCCCAGAAGUUCCUAACCCGGUUCACGACACGUAUAGCUAAAGCGAAACACCCAAUCAACCUAUUGAGGGUCACCCAAAAACCAGGGGAGCCGACUAGGAAAUUCCUAGACAGGUUUAACAACGAGUGCUUGGAGAUCGACGGCCUCACGGAUUCAGUUGCUAGCCUAUGCCUAACAAACGGCCUACUAAACGAAGACUUUAGGAAGCACCUCACAACCAAACCCGUGUGGACCAUGCAGGAAAUUCAAAGCGUCACCAAAGAAUACAUCAACGAUGAAGAAGUCAGCCAGGUACUAGCAGCCAAUAAACGGCAGCCUCCUAGCUCGUCAGCACGAUAG